AGGUGUGAUUACGAAUCGCUAAUUCCUUCUGGAAGAUGGCCGAGACUGGAGUGGUGCGGGCCUCUCCGGCAAACCAUCGAGCAGCAGGUAUGGAUGGAUUUUUGAAGACCAAUGAGAGACAAAGAUUAGCCAAGGAAAGAAGACAAGAAAGAGAGAAAUCUCUUGCUGCCAGAGAACAACAGAUCCUGGAGAAAGAAAAAAGAGCUAAACUCCAGUAUGAAAGGCAAAUUGAAGAACGAUGGAAAAAGUUGGAGGAACAGAAGCAGAGGGAAGACCAGAAGAGGGCAGCUGUUGAAGAGAAGAGAAAACAAAAGCUCAAGGAGGAGGAGGAACGCCUAGAAGCCAUGAUGCGGCGGUCCCUAGAGCGGGCACAGCAGCUGGAGCAGAAGCAGAAGCGGUGGUCCUGGGGAGGAGCGCUGAUUUCCAGCUCCGGCUCGUCAGAAAGGGAUGCACAUGAUAAACUUUCAGCAUCUACAAUGAAUCUUCCAAAGCAAUUGGAGUCACCCAUCAGUAAGCGUCUAUCUUCCUCUACAGCAGCAAUUGCAAAUUCCUCUGACAAAGCCCACCGCAUGCACCUUAGUCCAGUGGAAAACUUUAUUGUUAUGCGUCUGUUGACCCCCACACAGUCUUCCCUAGCCCGAUCUCGAAGCACACUCAUGCUUUCUGAACAGUCCAUUGAUGCAGUCUCCCCUAUCUGUCCUCGUAUAGCCCCAGGUAGUCCUUAUAAGUCUCCAUACAAGACAUCUCCUGCUCGAAUUCCAGAAAGAAAGAAGAUGGUGUCCUCCGGUGGUGGGGAUGCCAUGAAAGGAGCAGUUGCAUCUGGACAGAUUGAGAAAACAAAGAAAGAAAAGCGAUCCCCAACAUCCACAUAUGGCCUUGGAUCUCCAUUAAGAAAAUCUGAUUCUCCAGCAACCAAGAGACAUUCCUCUCCUGCAAUAUCUAAACCACCUGCAAAAACAUACCCACAAUCUCCAAAGAAUACCAAACCGUACCAAGGAUCUCCCAUCAAAUACCGCAGCCCCCUUUCUCCCAACCAAGAGACUCCCAAGAAGAAAGCAGAUAAAGAGAAAGCAAACAAGGAAAAAGAAGGGACUUUGAGUCAGAAAGCACCUGGAGCUCAUGGGGAUCAGACAAGUGAGAAGCACUCUGCAGAGAAACACAGCCCUUGGACAGGAAAGACCGACACCAAUGAAGGGAAGUUCACUGCAGGAACAACCGAUGCAGAAGAAGCCUCCAAAAUCCUGGCUGAGAAGAGGAGGCAGGUUCGUCUGCAAAAAGAGCAAGAAGAACAAGAGAGGCAGGAGAGGGAAGAGCGAGAGAGGCUAGAGAGGGAAGAACAAGAAAGGAAGGCAGAAGAAGACAGGAUUCUCCAAGAACAAGAAGAUGGUAAGAGGGAAGAAGAAAAGAAACAGAGAGAAGAAGAAGAGAAGAGAAAAGCUAAAGAAGAAGCCCAGAGGAAAGCUAAGGAAGAACAGCUCUUAAGAGAGCAACAAGAAAAAGAAAAGCAAGAGAGGGAAGAGCAAGAAAGAAUCAGAAUUGAAAAGCAGAAGGUAGAGGCAGAAAUUAAGGCACGGGAAGCAGCUGAACAGCUACGUAUGGAACGAGAACAAAUCAUGAUGCAGAUAGAGCGGGAAAGACUGGUGAGAAAGAAGAGGAUAGAUGAAAUUAUGAGGAGAACCAGGAAAGGCGAUGUUUCACCAGAGGUGAAGAAGGAAGAGCCUACAUCGGAAUCUCAGCCCAAACUGGAGACUCAGCCAAUUUUGGAUGUAGAAAAUACACCGACACCAGUUGUGCAGAGUAAAGUAGAAAUCAAUGAAUUGACCACCUACCAAGAAGCUAAUGGUGUGGGACCCACUGCUCCUGAAACUAUCUCUCGGGAUGUCUUCUCUAAUGGUCUUAAGCCAACGGCAGGACUCAUCCAUCUGGAUGCCCUAGAUGGGAAGUUGAAUAGUCUGGAUGAUUCCACGGAUGAGGUUCAGUCUAUGGAUGUUAGUCCGGUUUCAAAAGAAGAACUUAUCUCCAUUCCAGAAUUUUCACCAGUGAAUGACAUCAUUCCCGGUGUUUCUUUGGAACAGAAUGGAACCAGCAAUGCCAAGGCCAUUGAAGACCUCUUAGAUUUCACAGGCCCCCCACCUUAUCCCAAGAAAUCCAGUGAAACCCUUGCCAUAGAUGACUGUAACAAAAACUUGAUUGAGGGAUUUAACAGUCCAGGACCAGAAAAUACACUUAAUACAAUAUGUUGAUGAAUACAAUAUGCUAUAAUGUAAAGAGGUAGUAUAUGAUGGAGGAAAUACAGACCUGUGAUGCUGCUGGCAGUAAAAUAUGAACUGUUUAUCAUCUGAAGAAGCUUCUAUAAUCCUUGACUACUGGAUUCCAAUAAUCAGAGCUGAAUGUACUAUUAUGUCUUCUCAAGGGUAUAUGCCCCUAAACUGGCUUUAAAAAAAAAAAAGAAAGAAAAAUGUAAAUCUUGACUCUUAACCCUUGAUUAGUUUCAGGGAAGCUUCAUUGCGCUGUGUAUUAAAGCUUUGGCUACAGAUCAAGUACUUAAGAUAUUAUCCUAAUCAUUAUCUGAAGAGCAUCAAAGACUUCAACUUGUCAAUUCACUUUAUAAUCAUUCUCCAUAAGUUGGGUCACAGAAAUAUCUAGAUGUCUUUUCUUGUAAAUACACUUAACAUUACCACUCUUAACCUGAAGGUCACUUAAAAUACCCUGGACUUGAGCAGCAUGCUGUCCUUAUCUAAAUGGGGGAGGGUAUUGAAGAGAUUACUUCCUCCCAUAUUCCCUCCCCUACUCCUUUCCCCUUCAAUCAUGCUUUCUUUCAUUGAAGGCUUUGAAAUGAGUUUUCAUUGAGGAAAUACAGCAUGCUUAACCCUAGAAGCCCCUCUGCUAUUAAGUUUAGCCAACUGAAAACCGAUUGUAAUGAUUUUGCUCUUAAGAAAUUUUUUUUUUUUUAAGAAAUCUAUUUGUCCAGGGAGAAAGGUACCUUCUCACAAUGAGUCCCAUCUGACUCUGAAGUUGGAUUAUUGCAGGUUAACUUUCUCAUCGUACAAUUGUUUCUAGUUCUGACCACAGUUUUCCAGGUUAUAAUUGAACGUUUCGCUUGAGUUUGUCUAAAUAAUGUAUCCUGACACAGGCAGCAAAUACAAUUGUUUCUGGUGAUGGUAAUGGUGGUGGGUUCUUGUUUGUUUUAGUUUUGUUUGUUUUUCCACUUCUUGGAUUAUGUCUCUCUGUCCACCUUUAGGAAAAAGUAAAUCUAAACUUUUCAGUGAAAACUCUACUGCUCUAAGACACUGAUGGGGUCCCAAAGGGGCACAGUAUUUUCACUUGCUUUAAUGACAUCAACCUCUGUAACAUGUUGAAACAUCUGUGGGAAAAUCCCCACAGGACCUUAUCAUUUAUAAACAUUUUGUGCCAUACGAAAUGCACUUUGGUUCAUUUUAUUUCUUUCGAUGGAAUGUAACCCUCAAACUCUAUCAUUCUUUUCUUCUUUGAGGCCUUGUUAAUCUAGUACUUCAAGGGACAAGGGAGACCAAGAAUUUUAGCAGAUGUGAACAAAAAGUGGGAAUGUUGAUCAUGUGAGGAAAUUGAUGGAAUGCCAUGGUCUCAGUAGUAACCUUGUCCUUGUGCUUUGAAAACCAGCAAUUGUUUAACAAUUCAAUAGCUAAGUAUUCUGUGUGUAUGUUUUUGUAUGUACAUAUAGAUGUAUAAUACAUAUAUGAAAUAAAGUCCAUGCCCACCAUGAUGUAGUUCCAUUUAUCUUGGUAAAUGUCUGAGGAAUCCCUUUUUCCAGUAAGUGAACAGGCCCAGAUGAGGAAGAUGAUGGUCCUGUCUUCUGAAGGAAUCUUUCCCAUCCUUUCCUCAUCGUUUAUUUUGCUGUGAUAUAUUGUCCUUGAGAGAUGCCGCUGAACGUGUUUUACUCGGCCAGUACUUCUGU